CGUCAGCCCAGAGCCCGACGCGGGGCUCGAACUCACGAGCCGUGAGAUCAUGACCUGAGCUGAAGUCGGACGCUCCGCUGACUGAGCCACCCCGGCGCCCCUCAUCUUCUUAGAGACACUGGGAUAGGUCCUGACCAUCAGCCGGCAUGUAGACCUCUUCUUCCCAUGGCCAGCAUAGCACGUGCCUGAAUCGAUUAAAGACUGAGUGAUGCUGGAUAUUCAGCCUGGUAGACACAGGGAACAUAUCCAUGGCUGUAUGGUUUCUGGUCAGGCAGAGGAAUCCCGAUCCUUGGUCCUUUUCCAAGAAGGGAAGUGCACCAGCCUUUAAUUGUUAGGGGGGAGGGGCUGUGCAGGGGCCGCCUUUGCUCUGCUAGGCCAGCCCUGCAGAGAUACAAUGACUGUCACAUGGAUGGGAGAGGGACGCCUCUGGGUCUGUUCUCCCGACCCCAACCCGAACUUACGUUUUCAUUUGCAGAUGCUCUUUCUCCUGCCUUUGAAUUCCCCAUCACAGCGAAGCCCAAUCCUGGACAACCAUGGUGUGAGAUUCGAGGCAAGGUCAAUGGAAACACGUUUCUGUAUUAUGCCUGUGGGAACAAGAAGGUCGAAGUCUUUGGUCCUCUGGGGAGGAAUGUGAAUGACAUAGUGUUUUGGGAGAGACAGACGGAAACUCUGAAAGACCUGGCAGAAGAGCUCAAGAAGAAACUACUUGACUGGAAACCAGCGGAUUUUACACCCAGUCAUUCUCUCUCCCUGCAGGGCAGGAUGGUGUGUGUGCGUGGGGACAACGGACGCACCAGCGGAUCCUGGGAGUUUGACAUCAAUGAACAGAUAUCCUACUUCUUUAACUCAGAGAGUGGAAAUUGGACACUUCGUCCUAGAGGCCGACAGAUAAAGGCCUCAUGGGAGAGUGACAGAGAUUUGACCAAUACCCUCAUGAAGAUCUCAGUUGGAGAUUGUAACAAGUGGCUUGAGCGAAUAUUGGUGCACUGGGAUGAACUGUGGGAGACAACAGCCCCGCCAGGCUCGCAGCAAGUCACGGCCCAGUCCGGGGCCACGGCCCUCACACCCAUCACCUGGAUCCUCCCUGUGAUUCUCAGCUGCUUAAUCAUAAUUGGCAUCCAAGGUAGAGUCUUUUAGAGUGACAGGCUGCUGAUUAUACCAGGAAGUCCCCAAGAGUGUCGUCCCGCUUAGCGACUCUGUUUUGCUAGGCUACCUUUGGAUCACUUGCUGUUCGUUUUUGGACCAGACUUUAAGAAUCCAGCGACGUCACCAACUUCCAGCUAUUACAAAGCCAUAAUUAUCAAGACAGUAUGGUACUGGCACAAAAACAGACACUCAGAUCAAUGAAACAGAAUAGAAAACCCAGAAAUGGACCCACAAACGUAUGGCCAACUAAUGAGCAGGAGAGAAUAUCCAAUGGAAUAAAGACAGUCUCUUCCCAGUGGUGCUAGUAACACUGGGCUGCAAUGUGCAGAAAAACGAACCUGGACCAGUUUCUCACACCAGACACAAAAAUAAACUCAAAGUGGAUGAAAGACCUCAAUGUAAGACAGGAAGCCGUCCAAAUCCUCGAGGAGAAAGCAGGGCAAAACCUCUUUGAUCUUGGCCGCAGCAACUUCUUACUCAACACGUCUCCAGAGGCAUGGGAUACAAAAGUAAGACUGAACUUUUGGGGCCUCAUCAAAUAAAAAGCUUCUGCACAGCGAAGGAAACAAUCAGCCAAACUAAAUGGCAGCCAAUGGAAUGGGAGAAGAUAUUUGCAAAUGACAUAUCACUUAAAGGGUUAGUAUCCAAAAUCUAUAAAGAAUUUAUCAAACUCAACACCCAAAACACAAAUAAUACAGUGAGGAAAUGGGCAACAGGCAUGAAUAGGCACUUCUCCAAAGAAGACAUCCAGAUGGCCAACUGACACGUGAAAAAAUGCUCCACAUCACUCAUUAUCAGGGAAAUACAAAUCAAAACCAUGAUGAGAUACCACCUCACACCUGUCAGAGUGGCUAACGUUAACAACUCAGGCAAUGACAGAUGUUGGUGAGGAUGCGGAGAAAGAGGAUCUCUUUUGCACUGCUGGUGGCAAUGCAAAGUGGUGCAGCCACUCUGGAAAACAGUAUGGAGGUUCCUCCAAAAACUAAAAAUAGAUAUAUAUAUAUCUAUCUAUAUAUAUCUAUACACACACACACACACACACACAAACACACACACAAUGCAGUAUUACUCAGCAAUCGAAAAGAUUGAAAUCUUGCCAUUUGCCACCACGUGGAUGGAACUAGAGGGUAUUAUGCUAAGCGAAAUUAGAGAAAGACAAAUAUAUGACUUUACUCAUAUGAGGACUUGAAGAUACAAAACAGAUGAACACAACGGAAGGGAAGCAAAAAUAAUAUAAAAACAGCGAUGGGAACAAAACAUUAAGAGACUUAAAUGUGGAGAACAAACAGAGGAUUACUGUGGGAGCUGUAGGAGGAGGGAUAGGCUAAAUGGCUAAGGGGCAUUAAUAUGAUAACGAACUUGAAUGUAAAUUUUUAAAAAAUGAAAAAAACCGGGGCGCCUGGGUGGCUCAGUCAGUUAAGCGGCCGACUUCGGCUCAGGUCGUGAUCUCGCGGUCCGUGAAUUCGAGCCCCGCGUCGGGCUCUGUGCCGACGGCUCGGAGCCUGGAGCCUGUUUCGGAUUCUGUGUCUCCCUCUCUCUCUGACCCUCCCCCGCUCCUGCUCUGUCUCUCUCUGUCUCAAAAAUAAACGUUUAAAAAAAAAAAUGAAAAAACCAAAAAGAAUCCAGAGAAAUCGGACCACGUGGUGCAGCUCAUGUAACAUCCAUGUCCAUUCAUGCAUCUGGGGAAUGCACUUUUAUUUAGCACUUUUUCUUAGUAUGUUAUUUCAUUUUCUUUUGAUAGUAAGUGAUAGAAUUAUUUUAUUUAUUUAUUUUUAAAUGUUUCUUUACUUGUGAGAGAGAGCAUGCACGGGGGAGGGGCAGAGAGACAGAGGGAGAGAGAGGGUCUGAGGCAGCCUCCACGCUGACAGCAGGGAGCCCGACGUGGGGCUGGAGCUCACGAACCCUGAGAUCAUGACCUGAGCCAGAGUCGGACAUUUAACUGACUGAACCACCCAGGCGCCCCAAAGUGGUGGAAUUCUUGCUCUGAAAUGUUUAAAUGCUUGACUAAGGAAUCUCAACAAAGAGAACGUUUUCCAUCUC